AUGGUGUUGAUCCUGGGCAGACGGCUGAACAGGGAGGAUUCUGGGACCCGGGACUCCCCCGCCGUCAAACGAAAGGUGCACACUAAACCCACUAAUUUGAUCAGAAUUCAGAUUUCAUUUUAGCUGUUUAUUAUGUCAAAAAAAUUGAAAUAUGGAAAUUAUACUGUGUGCACUUCAGUGCAUUUGUGUUGAUUUGAAAUCCAGUGUGCUUAUGUGUCUUGAAAAGCAUUUAGAAGUGCAAUGUGAAGCAAUCAUUCCCCAGUGGCAAAUAAAAACAUAAUAAAAACAUAAUUGGCCUAGAAGCUAAACAAACAGUUACAUUCGACCCCCCUCCCCCUUAGUUUACAAACCAAUGCAGGAACACCACUUUCGCCCAUAAAAUGAAACUCAUCAUCAUCAUCGUUUGUCUCCCAAGGUGUUCGAGGUGGACUCCAAGACGCUGACCGGUAAUGAAGUGCUGGACUUCUCCUCCGGCUCCUCCCACUCAGAGGCCAUUUUGCAGGUGUUCAACGAGUUCAGAGACAGCCGCCUCUUCACCGAUGUGGUCAUCAGUGUGCAGGGCCGCGAGUUCCCCUGCCACCGCGCUGUGCUCUCCGCCUGCUCCUCCUACUUCCGCGCCAUGUUCUGCAACGACCACCGUGAGUCACGCGAGAUGCUGGUGGAGAUCAACGGCAUUCUGGCCGAGGCCAUGGACUCCUUCCUCAGCUACGUCUACACGGGCCGCGCCAAGAUCACAACCGACAACGUGCAAUUCCUCUUCGAGACCUCCAGUCUCUUCCAGAUCUCCACACUCCGUGACGCCUGCGCCAAGUUCCUAGAAGACCAACUAGACCCUUGCAACUGCUUGGGCAUCCAGCGCUUCGCAGAUGCCCACUCUCUGAAACAGCUAGCCAGCCGCUGCAGCUCGUACGUUCUGGCCAACUUCCCUGAUGUGGCCCAACACGAGGAGUUCCUCGACCUGAGGAGGGACGAGCUGGAGGAGUACAUCUGCAAUGACGAACUGGCCAUCGCAAAGGAGGAGGUGGUGUUUGAGGCGGUGAUGCGCUGGGUGUACCACAGUGUGGAGCCCCGGAGGCCUGUGCUUAAAGAACUGCUACACCACGUCCGUCUGCCCCUGCUGCACCCCAACUACUUUGUCCAGACAGUGGAAGGAGACCAGAUCAUCCAGACCGCUCCAGAGUGCUACCAGCUCCUCCACGAGGCCCGACGGUACCACGUACUGGGCAACGAGAUGAUGUCACCCAGGACCCGCCCACGCAGGUAUAGUGCAGGGGAUGCUGGGAGGUGUAGUUCAGAGGGAUCCAACUUGGUCACUCCUUUCUAUUCAAUUCAAUACAACUUUAUUUUCCCUCAAAGAUAAAUUAAAAUGGCACAGCUUUUGGGACAGAAUGUUCUGAUACAUCUAAGUAGGGCAAGUUACCUGUAUUGUGUAUGUUCCUCUGGUGUGGUGCUGUGUUGUGUAUUCAAAUCAAGUCACAUUUUAUUUGUCAUGAGCUGAAUACAACAGGUGUAUACAUUACAGUGAAAUGGUUACUUACAAGCCCUUUCCCAACAAUGCAGAGUAAAAAAUGAAUAAAAUUACCACCAAUUUUUUUAAAAAUAGUAACACAAUAAAAUAACAAUAACGAGGCUAUUUACCAUGAGUACCGGUACCAAGUCACUGUGCAUGGGUACGAGAUAGUUGAAGUAAUUGAUGUCAUACAGUGGGGAAAAAAAGUAUUUAGUCAGCCACCAAUUGUGCAAGUUCUCCCACUUAAAAAGAUGAGAGAGGCCUGUAAUUUUCAUCAUAGGUACACGUCAACUAUGACAGACAAAUUAAGAAAAAAAAAUCCAGAAAAUCACAUUGUAGGAUUUUUAAUGAAUUGAUUUGCAAAUUAUGGUGGAAAAUAAGUAUUUGGUCACCUACAAACAAGCAAGAUUUCUGGCUCUCACAGACCUGUAACUUCUUCUUUAAGAGGCUCCUCUGUCCUCCACUCGUUACCUGUAUUAAUGGCACCUGUUUGAACUUGUUAUCAGUAUAAAAGACACCUGUCCACAACCUCAAACAGUCACACUCCAAACUCCACUAUGGCCAAGACCAAAGAGCUGUCAAAGGACACCAGAAACAAAAUUGUAGACCUGCACCAGGCUGGGAAGACUGAAUCUGCAAUAGGUAAGCAGCUUGGUUUGAAGAAAUCAACUGUGGGAGCAAUUAUUAGGAAAUGGAAGACAUACAAGACCACUGAUAAUCUCCCUCGAUCUGGGGCUCCACGCAAGAUCUCACCCCGUGGGGUCAAAAUGAUCACAAGAACAGUGAGCAAAAAUCCCAGAACCACACGGGGGGACCUAGUGAAUGACCUGCAGAGAGCUGGGACCAACGUAACAAAGCCUACCAUCAGUAACACACUACGCCGCCAGGGACUCAAAUCCUGCAGUACCAGACGUGUCCCCCUGCUUAAGCCAGUACAUGUCCAGGCCCGUCUGAAGUUUGCUAGAGUGCAUUUGGAUGAUCCAGAAGAGGAUUGGGAGAAUGUCAUAUGGUCAGAUGAAACCAAAAUAGAACUUUUUGGUAAAAACUCAACUCGUCGUGUUUGAAGGACAAAGAAUGCUGAGUUGCAUCCAAAGAACACCAUACCUACUGUGAAGCAUGGGGGUGGAAACAUCAUGCUUUGGGGCUGUUUUUCUCCAAAGGGACCAGGAUGACUGAUCUGUGUAAAGGAAAUAAUGAAUGGGGCCAUGUAUCGUGAGAUUUUGAGUGAAAACCUCCUUCCAUCAGCAAGGGCAUUGAAGAUGAAACGUGGCUGGGUCUUUCAGCAUGACAAUGAUCCCAAACACACCGCCCGGGCAACGAAGGAGUGGCUUCGUAAGAAGCAUUUCAAGGUCCUGGAGUGGCCUAGCCAGUAUCCAGAUCUCAACCCCAUAGAAAAUCUUUGGAGGGAGUUGAAAGUCCGUGUUGCCCAGCGACAGCCCCAAAACAUCACUGCUCUAGAGGAGAUCUGCAUGGAGGAAUAGGCCAAAAUACCAGCAACAGUGUGUGAAAACCUUGUGAAGACUUACAGAAAACGUUUGACCUGUGUCAUUGCCAACAAAGGGUAUAUAACAAAGUAUUGAGAAACUUUUGUUAUUGACCAAAUACUUAUUUUCCACCAUAAUUUGCAAAUAAAUUCAUAAAAAAUCCUACAAUGUGAUUUUCUGGAUUUUCUUUUCUCAUUUUGUCUGUCAUAGUUGACGUGUACCUAUGAUGAAAAUUACAGGCCUCUCUCAUCUUUUUAAGUGGGAGAACUUGCACAAUUGGUGGCUGACUAAAUACUUUUUUCCCCCACUGUAUGUACAUGUACACUACCGAUCAAACGUUUUAGAACACCUACUCAUUCAGGGGUUUUUCUUUAUUUUUACUAUUUUCUACAUUGUAGAAUAAUAGUGUAGACAUCAAAACUAUGAAAUAAUACAUAUGGAAUCAUGUAGUAACCAAAAAAGUGUUAAACAAAUCAAAUAGCCACCCUUUGCCUUGAUGACAGCUUUGCACACUCUUGGCAUUCUCUCAACCAACUUCAUGAGGUAGUCACCUGGAAUGCAUUUCAAUUAACAGGUGUGCUUUCUUAAAAGUUAAUUUGUGGAAUUUCUUUCCUUCUUAAAGCGUUUGAGCCAAUCAGUUGUGUUGUGACAAGGUAGGGGGUGUAUACAGAAGAUAGCCCUAUUUGGUAAAAGACCAAGUCCAUAUUAUGGCAAGAACAGCUCAAAUAAGCAAAGAGAAACAACAGUCCAUCAUUACUUUAAGACAUGAAGGUCAGUCAAUACGGAAAAUGUCAAGAAUGCUUAAAGUUUCUUCAAGUGCAGUCGCAAAAACCAUCAAGCGCUAAGAUGAAACUCUCUCAUGAGGACCGCCACAGGAAUGGAAGACCCAGAGUUACCUGUUGAGAGAAUGCCAAGAGUGUGCAAAGCUGUCAACAAGGCAAAGGGUGGCUAUUUGAAGAAUCUCAAAUAUAAAAUAUAUUUUGAUUUGUUUAACACUUCUUUGGUUACUACAUGAUUCCAUAUGUGUUAUUUCAUAGUUUUAAUAUCUUCACUAUUAUUCUACAAUGUAGAAAAUAGUAAAAAUAAAGAAAAACCCUUGAAUGAGUAGGUGUUCUAAAACUUUUGACCAGUAGUGUAGGUUGGGGUAAAGUGACAUUAUUGUUGCACUGUGUAGUGUUUCUGUAUUGUUGUUGUAUUUCUCCACAGCGACUAGUAUUUUGUUUAUUUGUUAUUUUGGCAUAUAUGCCAUAUAUGCUGACACAGGAAGUGUUGUGACUGUGUACCGUACAGUUCCAGAUCUAUCUUCUUCCUUGCCCGAGAGCUGGAAAGCGGAUUAUGAGUCGUUUCUAUUUCCUCUUAUCUCAUCACUCAUCUGACACAAUCAUUUUGCGGGGAUUAACUCUAAUCCUGAAAAGAGGUAUUAGAAAUGUCUGUUUGCAAAUGAAAACACCUGCCGUUUAUCUUAGCUUUGCUCUUAGUUCAGUUAAAUAACCACCCACCUUUUCCUAUGUGAGGGAGCGAGAGAUGAGACCGAGAUGAGAGAAAGAUGAGGUAGAAUGUCAGUGCCAAUGUUCACUGUUUUCUCCUCCACAGUAGAUGGUUUGUUCAUGAACUCAUAACCCUUUGCAUGUGUGCCUGCAGUGUUAUUGUGGAGACAGAGACUCAUUUAGUUUGUUUUGUGGUCCUAUUUUGAAAUUAAAAUGUGUCAUGAGGUGGAAAAGAUUUUCCAUACACAUUCCGGUUUGCUGACAGAAUAAGUAAGUUGCAAGCAUUCGUAGCCUGAACCAUAUGUACGUUGGAUCUUGUUUUAAUAGCAGCGGUGAAGCAGGGUGUCACAUACAGUCCUGUUUAAGUUUAUUUGUAUGUUAUUUGUUUGUGUACAAUAUACCGUACAUAGCUUAAUGUGAGUGUGUGUAGCUCUGUGUUCAUCCACAGAUCAUUUUCAAUUGCUCUUAAAAAGCCACCUAGAUACAUACACUAUCUGCUGUUAAGACGUUACUGAAUUCAACAGUGCUGUUCUCUUGUCUAUGGAGUUGUUAAGGGUUAAGUAUUAUUUGACAUUGGGUGUCAGCUAGAUAGCUGGGAGGUGACAUGUCUCUCUCAGGCGUACCGUGUCAGUAUCCAGGCAGAUCAGAUCAGACCAGACAUAGAGCCUCCUGUAUGUUUGUCUUUGUGUGUGUGUAGCCUCAGGGGCCGCUAGUUUCAGCUCCUGCCACCCUCCAAACCCCCAACAUGGCCCCCCAAUUCUGGGAAAAGUCUGGGGGAUCUCACUGCUCUCUAUGGAUCUUUCACAUACCUGUGUCUGUCCUGAGCUCAUCUUUACCAGUACUGUGUCUAAACAGGUGGGGAAUGUAGGAAAAUGUAGGCGAAAGUGCACGAAAAACAUGUUCUUAACUAGCAUGUCAUUGAGUUUGAUUUAGAGUUAGCUUAGCAUUUCAUCCAGGUGGGGAUAUUUAGAAGUUUAAUUAUGAAGAAAUAAUGUUUAUUUGACAGUACCGUGGAGUGUGGAGUUGAAGUGAAUCCCUCCCCUAACCGAAGGAAAUCAUGUUAUAGCCCUGGCAUGCACUAUCCAAACAGUGAGGCCGAUGGGGAAGCAUUUGGAUGUAUUAUUGAGGUCAUUGAUAUUCAGUGGAGUAUAGCCUUUAGUAUGUAAAUUCUGUUCUUAAGAAGAAUGUGUAUUUUGCCAGGUAGACAAAAACAAUCAUGUAAAGUAUUAGACAUUACACGUUGUGAAUUACCAAUCUAAAGCUGUGCAGGUUACUGCCUUCUCUCUUUCACUUUAGUCAUAAAUCAUAACUGACUCACCUGUAUUGUGGUGUUGCGUCUUGUUGCUGUCUCGUUUUUCCACAGUUACCUGUAUUGUGUAUGUUCAUCUGGAGUGGUGCUGUGUUGUGUAUUGUUGCUGUCUCGUUUUUCCACAGUUACCUGUAUUGUGUAUGUUCCUCUGGAGUGGUGCUGUGUUGUGUAUUGUUGCUGUCUCGUUUUUCCACAGUUACCUGUAUUGUGUAUGUUCAUCUGGAGUGGUGCUGUGUUGUGUAUUGUUGCUCUGUGUAGUGUUUCUGUAUUGUUGGCUUAUUUCUCCACAGCAACUAGUGUUUUGUUUAUGUGUUAAUUUGUCGAGUCUUGUCACUGUGCUGUUGUUUUAUUACUGCUCCACCUCACCUGUAUUGUGACAUUUUCUUCCCCCUCUCCCAUUCUUGCCCUCUCUCUCUCUUUCUCUCUCUCCCUCUCUCGCUCUCGCUCCCUCUCCGCAGGUCGACGGGCUUCUCAGAGGUGAUCGUGGUGGUUGGGGGCUGUGAGAGGGUGGGGGGGUUCAACCUGCCUUACACAGAGUGUUACGACCCUGUGACAGGAGAGUGGAAGUCCCUGGCCAAGCUCCCAGAGUUCACCAAGUCAGAGUACGCCGUCUGUGCCCUCCGCAAUGACAUCCUGGUCUCAGGUGAGCUCCUCGUCCUUGCUUGCUGACAGUCUGCCACUCUAGAGAGAGAUAAACAAGGAUUAGUCAUGGAAGAAUGUCAUAUUGAUUAUUUAAAAAAUGAAUAGGUUAUGUAAUGACAGAGAUCAGGAAAUACCAGGAUGUACUCAUGGGAGCCACCUAUUUGAAUUGGUAUUAGUAGUAACCCUCUUUUAUUGUUUAACUAGAAAGACUGGAUAAGUCUCUACCAUACAACUGUCACUUAAUCAGUUGUCUUGACAAUAAACGAGAUGAGGAAAGGAACCAUUUAAGACUAUUGGAGGGAAGGAGACUAUAGCUCUUUUAAGGUAAGAACUCUAUUAAAGCCUAUUGAGACACAGCCUUAGAGUACCUCAGCUAUGUCGUCCCUCACUGUGGAAUAAAGGAAAGGGAGUAAUGCGAUGGCCGUUUGCCAUGUACUUUUUAUGCCCCAGCCCGUUUGAAAAAUAGGAAAAUGUAAGAGCAACAUCUGGACACACUCUGCAGGAGUAGUGCCCAGGGAGACCCUUAUUGGCCAGCUCACUCAUUUUUUUCUCUUCCCAUUGGCCAAGAGUCAGGGUCACAUGGCUCUUUUCUCUUUAUAGCUUUCGAGGAUAAAGUUGCUUCUAGAGUCUGAUCUAUGGUCAGUUUAGCAUUUUUCCUCUAAUGGUUGAGGUUAGGGUUUAGGGAAGGUAAGCUGAUCUUAGAUCUGUGCCAGUGGGCAACUUCUACGCAGAGCAUUUAUAGCCUUUUGACCGGGCUGAUUCAUGCUAUGCUGCCAAGUUUGGCAUAAACUACCCUUUUUAAAGCGUCACUGGACCCAAAUUGAACAGGGCAGCAGUAGAAUAACGUAAUCUACACUCCCUAAUGAAAACAGCAUGGGUUCUAUUGUAAUACCAUACCUCUAAUUAGCUGUAAACAAACAUUUAAACAUACAUUUUGGCAUGACAGCUAACACAUUAGAGGAGUUGGCUGCAAACCGAUCUGAAACUUUAGGCUAAUAAAGAACCAUCAUCACAGAAACAUAGAAAUCUAUCCAACUUUGACAAAGGUUACCCCUUAUAUCGAGUUUAAUAUACAUUGUGGGGUUUACAUCAAAGCAUUGGUGCUAGUUGGGAUAGUUUUUGCUCAAAAGCAAUGAAUUAGCCUCAGAUAACAAACAUGUUAAAAGUACACAUCUGCCAAAGUACAGGGAGAAAAGAGACAAAGAAAGAAAAAAAGACAGAGAGAAGUUAACGGUCUGCCCUAGAGGGAGAGAGUGUUUAUGUCUUGUGCUCUACUUGUGCCAAGUCCUCACGUGUGCGCUAUCAAUCUCUCUCUCUCUCUCUCUCCUCUCUCUCUCUCUCUCUCUCUUUCUUUCUUUCUUUCUUUCUUUCUUUCUUUCUUUCUUUCUUUCUUUCUUUCUUUUCUUUCUUUCUUUCUUUCUUUCUUCUUUCUUUCUUUCUUUCUUUCUUUCUUUCUUUCUUUCUUUCUUUCUUUCUUUUCUUUCUUUCUUUCUCCCUCUGUCCUCCUCCCUCUCCUCCCCAUUCUCUCCUUCCCUCUCUGGCUCCCUUACACUCACAUACUCUGGAGGGUGUCAAUGCAGCAGUAUCUGUAUUAAAGCCCAGUCUGAAAUAGGAUCAGAACAACAUGGGCAUGGAACCCUCCAGUCUGUCUGGAUCGUUACUGUCACUGACUGUGACCAUAACCUUGGACGUGACUGUCUUUCCCACACUGACCGCAUACCUCACAACACUCACUGUCAAUGACCACAAUAUCUGACCAACAGUUUGUCUGUCAACUCUCCUCUAAGGGAAUCCUGAGGUGAACUUUUAUGUAAUUGUUUCUACCCAAAUUUCAGAGAAAGAUUUCAAAUAAGUCACCUUUACGUCCUAACCCUAACCCUAAACAUGUUCCUGGACAUGACUGUCUUUCCCACGGUGACUGCAUACUUGAGUUCACAACACUCACUGUCAAUGACCAAUAUGACCAAACGGUUCACCUCUCCACUCACCAUUGUGGGAAUCCUAACUUGAACUGGUGUCAGUGGGAGAUUUGGGUGGCCAUUUGACCACAUUAACCAAUCAACCAAUGCUAAUUUCACAGAAUUCUUGAGUGACAUGUUUUGUAUGAUAGGAAUAUAACAUUUCUUAGCUGAAUUUGGCUGUGUUCUCCUUGAUAUAUUAAUGUAUACAGUAUCAAAUGUUGACAGUUAGCCAUGUUUGUCUGAAGCUGCUUGGUCUGCUAGCAUAGCUGCUAUCUAGCUAGCUAGACUUCCUUGACAGCUUGAACACAGCCCGCGAUGCGGUUAACCCUUGUGGCUGGGACCGCGGAUUGUCCCGGGCUUGUGGCUGUUUAAAUCCCUGCUGUUUGUUGCUGUUUUCCAUCUGCCCUGUGACCUGUCCUGCCUUGAAGUGUGUGGAGUACCAGCAUUAGCCAAUGUUGCUACCAUGCCGCCCAAAGCUAAUGGAGAGGACAGUGUUUCUCUAUCACAGGUGCGUGAUCUUUUAAAUCAACAAACAUUUGUCUACAAGAAGUUGUCACAGCAACAGGAAAAUAGCUUCAAGAGCUUUAUCCAAACAAUAGUCGAUUCAACUAACAAAAGAAUGGAUGAUCUGACCAGAGAUGUCCAGGACCUUAACAACAGUUUGUAGUUCUACCAGGGAGAAGUGGAUGUCCUGAAUGAGGCUUGCAGCAAGAUGACAACAAACUGUAAGUCCGCGAGAGAUGACAUCAGCACAGUCUGUUAGUCAUUAUUAACAAUGACUGGGAAAACAGAUUAUCUAGAGGGACAGUCCAGAUGGAAUAACAUUGUUGUAGAUGGCAUACCAGAGUCUCCACAUGAGAACUGGAUGGAGUCUGAGGAGAAAGUGAGAAAAAUUAUCACAGAAAAGCUGCAGAUGGAUCAUAGGAAGAUUGAGGUGGAGCACGCCCACAGGACUGGAAAACCUGUAACCAGCCCAGGUGGCAGACCCAGACCAAUAGAGGUCAAGGUUCAAGGAUAGGAUGGCUGCUCUGAAGAGAGCCAAGAACUUGAGAGGAACCAACAUCUUCCUCAACAAGGACUACUCGGAAGCUGUGCGCCAGAGGCGAAAAUAACUUAUCUCAGCUAUGAAAGCUGCCAGAGACCAUGUUCACGCCGGCCUCUAUAAUGCUGCCUCUGCCUCCUCCAAGUGUGGUGAUUUGGGCCUGGUCCGGGAUGAGCAGUAUGUCCCUUAGCUCCGAUUCAUUGAAGUAGAAAUCCUCAUCUAAAUCAAGGUUAGUGAUUACUGUUUUGAUGUCCAGAAGCUAUUUUCGGUUCUAGGAAAUAAUGGCGGAAACAUUAUGUACAAAAUCAUUUCUGAUCAGCGAAAGAAAACAAAAAUAGCACAAUUGGUCAGGAGCCCGUAAAACGGCUGCUAUUCCCUCCAGUGCCAUACUUUUCUUGAUGCCCUUCUCCUUGACAUUUCCUGAGGGGUGUUUUUUAACGCGCAAGUCUGUCCCUCUGCACGAGCUGAUGAUUAGGAGGAUGUGAUCAACACUUGCUUCCGGUGAGAACAGACCUGGUUUGAAAGGCUAAUGAGUAGGUUCAAUGUCAUGGUGCACUUUGAGGUAUUUGAAGUUUAUGCGUUUUUUUGUCUAGAAAACUGGUUCUUGUCAUAUGCUUUGUUUGUUCUUUGGAGACCGAUAGGAGCCUAUAGGGUAGUCGUCUUCUGAGAUGGAUAGGCCUAUGUGAUUAUCAAUAGAUUAGUGUCAAUACCAGACAGACACAACUAUUAGAGGGUUAUACAAUAUUCACAUACCACUACCCACCACUCACACAUAACAAUGGCGGUGUACUAUUAAUGAUAACAGGACUUCUCCUUGUGUCCUUUCCUUAAUUUUCUCCUAAAAUAAUUGUCAGGUGGCAGCCACGUAUCAUUAUGUUUCAGACAUCAUUUUCACAAAUAGGAGGGGUUUAUCUCAAUGGACAUAUGAACACAACUAAUAAACUCUAAACUUGGCGAGUCCAAAAAAAGAAACAAACACAUUUGUUUUUGCUGGCCAGCCUUGUAUAUGUUGCUGUUUACUGCAGUACACAGCCACCCUUUCUCAAUUAUGGGUAAACACCCAUUCUAAGCCCAACAGACUAUGACGGUUUGAGAAAUCAUCUAAUUUGAUUGUUAGAAGAUAAGCCCAACUAUUGUACUAUAUUAAGUCCUUUUGUUAAAUCAGCUGCUCCUCCCGUCAGUUGGGGCAUCUCAGUUUAGAACUGGAGGGGGGAAAUGUAGAUGGGACUUCUGAUCUUAUUGUUUAACAGCUUAGCAAUUUAUGUAUCAUAUAUUGCAAUUAAGACAUGAUUAUACUCAUGGAUAUGUGUUUACGUCACGAUAUGACUUAUCGCCUGGUUUAGUUGGUUGUUAUUGUUCAUCUUGUUGUUGUGUGAUUUUGUUGAUGCUGAGUCUGGCUAACAUGCAUGGCCACUCUGGUUAGUCUGUUUUCCUCCACUCUCUCAACAUAGCUUCACAAACACUGAACCAUUUCUUUGUUUAGAAGGAUGAUUCUGAUGAGGGUUUCUUUCUCUGGCACUCAGCAUUCAUGUCAAUCUCCCAACAUCUUCAUAUUACUUCAGAGGGAACUAAUGUACAGUACUUUACUGCUUCUAAGUAAUGUUUGCACCUCUUGUCCUUAAAAUAUAGGCUAAAAGGGUUCAACCUGAUUUGUUUGACUUUUCCUGGUUUUUUUACGGCUUUAUUCUAUAUCUAUCCCUUUCUCUCGUGAUAGCAAAAAAGUGGUGUUUGUUUUAGUGCCGUGUCUUUAUUCGCAAGGAUCCGUGGGGCCUUUUUGAUUGACUGAUGGGGAGAGGGAGAGAGGGAGAGAGAGAGAGGAGAGGAGGAGAGAGAUAGGAGAGAGAGAGAGAGAGAAGAGAAGAGAGAGAGAGAGGAGAGAGAGAGAGAGGCGAGAGAUGAGAGAAGUGAGGGAUCGAGAGAGAGAGGAGGGGAGAGAUAGAGGAGAGGGAGAGAGGAUGAGGAGAGAGAGAAGAGAGAGAGAGAGAGGGAUCGAAGCCUCGUGGUCAACUCCUCGAGGGAGAGAAGAAGAGGAGCUCGAGAGCGAGAUGAGAGGAGAGAGAAGAGAGAGGAGAGAGAGACAGAGCGGGGACAGAGACAGAGACAGAGAGAGAGUCAGUGUGUCAGGGCUUGUUUGCACAUGUUGUUGUUCCUUCUCACUGUGGAGAAUAUAAAAAACAGUUCCUUAAAGUACGUCAUCCAACUGCUGCUUUAUAAAAAACAAGAGAUCCUGUUUCUCUUUUAAAGUGUUGUACUAGGCUAGGGUGUGCAUGUGCUAUACGUAUGUGUUGUGUUUGAAAGCCCUGUAAAAAGUCAGGUUGCGCGUGUUUGUGUCAUGCGUGUGUGUUGUUUGCUCAGUGUUGAAGUAGACUUUGAUCAGCAGGAUUGCCCAUAAAGCCUAGCUCAAACCUUUCACUCAGAUAAGACAAUGAGUUUACAUUCACACAUUGCACAGUACUAAUUUUAUAUUAAGCUGAAUAUGGCAGUAGGUAGACUAUGCAAUAGUCAUGUAAACACCUUACUCUGCUUAUCGUAAUUGGCGUAAGGUCAAAAUCGAAGUAAGCCUACGCCGAUUAAAACACCUGGUUUUCUGAGCAAUCUUUCGAAUUAUUAGGACAUGUAAACACCUUAAAUGGCGUUCCAGCUGUAUAUUUGAUCUGCAUGUGCUAGCACCAGCCGAGCGAGCCUCCCUCUUUAGCACGAGUGAAGUGAGUUCGGAACAACUGAAUGUUUGCGUCUUAGAAGUAGUUUUCACAUACAAACUUUUAUGUCCAAACUCAGAAUCAAAUACGGUUCCUAAAAAUAACAUGGUCGCUGUGGUAGAACGUACAUUUUGAUUGGCGAUUUUCUGCAUUUAUCAGUGCCAUCAGGUAGCCUGUGUCCAUGUAAACAGAAUUAUUAGGGAAAUCAUUAUUCUUGCAAAGCAUGUAAACAUUUAAUUAUUAUAUGAAUCUUACUAUCCACAAUAAUCACAUUAUUUUGUGCAUGUAACCUUACUCAGUGUCAGCUGUGCCUUACUAAAUGUGGCCUUGACAUUUCAGCCCAAAAACAUAACCCAUUCACAGUUUGAAUGUUGCUCAAGAUCAACUUAUUCUAUUUAGGAAUAAAUGUCUUUAUUCUAUCAACUUGGUUUGAAUUGGAACAAAGGGCUUAUCUUGGGGUUGAUACAGGCUUUGGUUUUUGACUAUUGCUGUGUGUCAAUUCAAUUCGGACUUGUGAAAACAACUAAAGAAGACUAUGACAAGUUAGAUGAAAAACACUGGAGCAGCAGAGAUGGUUCGGUGAACUACACUCACAUGUUGAGUAACCUUGCCUGACACUCUGGCUAGUUCCCAGAGUUAAUGCCUAGGCUUGAGCUCAGUGGGCUAACAUCGUCCUGAGUCACGCAGUCUCAAGGCUAACAAUGUUGUGUGUGUUGUUCCAGGGGGCCGUAUCAACGGCAGAGACGUGUGGAUGUACAACUCUCAGCUCAACCUAUGGAUCAGAGUGGCUUCACUCAACAAAGGACGCUGGAGACACAAGAUGGCGGUCCUACUGGGGAAGGUAAGCAGAUCACUGUUCAGACACCCGUUAUUUAAUAAUCUUGCUGUUUAUCUAAUUAUAUAUACAGUGCCUUGCAAGUAGUAUUCAAACCCCAUUUGAUUUCUUCACAUUUUAUUGUUACAAGGUGGGAUUAAAAUGGAUUGAAUUGUCAUUUUUUGUCACCAAUCUACACAAAAUACUCUAACGUCAAAGUGGACCAAA